AUGGAAGCGGUGGAUGGAAGCCAAAGACUAAAUGGUCAUCAGCCCGUCCUCAACCGCGACCGCCGUCCUGUCUAUCACUAUCCGCCGCCGCCACCACCACCACCACCACCACAACCGCAACAACAACAACAACAGCAUCAGCAUCACCUUUACCCUUCGUCCGCCAACCCGGCACAUCUCUACCACAACGAGCCACCGCCACGCUACGAAGUGGCCUCGUCGGCCUUCCGCGCCCGCUCCUCGUCGCUCUACGGCCUCAUCUCCUAUCCUGAGCCCCGCUGGACACCCGAUCAUCCCAAUGAUCUCGUGCCUGCCCAGCCGCCGAGUCGUCAGUCUCUGCCCUCUAUCCACGAAGCCCUCGCUCCGCAGGCCGCCUACGCCUCUCCCGCCUCGACGACGCCGUCGCCCUCAUACGAGUCCUCCUAUCCACCUCGAUCCCAGACGCCACCUCAUCCCUAUGCCGCCGCCGACCCCGAUCCAUUUCUGCACAAGCGCCCUAGAUCUCCGCCACCGCCGCCACCUCCACCAGCCAUUCUCCGGCCCAUAGAGUGUACGCCGCAAUCCUUCAGCGAGCCUGCUCGUCACGUUGCCGCUCCGGCACCCUAUGCCCGUUAUGAGCCGACGCCCUUUGAUCCCGAUGCCACUGCUUCCACCGCUGAACCGCCCGCUGCUCGCGCUAUGCGAGACCCGCCCACCUCGUGGAAGGCGGGGCGCGAGGAUGAAAAGACGGACCCCGUCCUCAACUUUCGCGGUGGUCUCAAGCGGAAUCUCGAUGUGUGGGACUUUGAGAAUAAUCUCGCCGAGAUCAAUAUCUCGAGCAGCGCCCUGCAAGAAUGGUCGGCUCACUACAAUGCUCUAGCCCAGGACCAGCAGCGUUCCGUCAGCGUCUUGUCCGACCGCAUGCCGACCAUGGACUCUAUCAAGGACAUUCGGCGCCACCAAGAAAAGAUCUUCAACUGCCUCGAGCACAUGACCCGUAUCAUCAACGACGCGAACCAACAAAACGAGCGCGCCACCGUCGAGCAGCGCGCCCCGGACCUCGCUACCCGCUCCCUUGACUACGAUGAUGACCUCUCGAGUGCCCACGCCGACGAGGCUAAGACCCACUCCUAUUGUUCUGAUGCCAAAAAACGCCGAGGAAGAGCCGCGCCGCCUGGACGCUGCCACAGUUGCAAUCGUGCCGAGACUCCCGAGUGGCGACGCGGACCCGACGGCGCUCGAACCCUCUGCAACGCCUGCGGCCUCCACUACGCCAAGCUCACACGCAAGAACAUUGUCCACAAGCCGCCCAGCUCAAGCGGCUCCUCGCUACGACACAAGUCAAUGGACGUCUCGCCGCGGCCCCUUUGA